GGUCACACUUUUGGCUGUGGGUGCUCUCAGCACUGUAUCAGUGUCUCAGAGCACUACAGGAACUGAGGCUCUGUCCUUGCAGACCAAGGAGACCUCACACAGUUGGUUUCUGUGCCCAGGACAAUGAAUGCCAAUACUGGACACCAGGUCGGAGGCAGCAGGCGUUGGAGGAUGAGCCCUGUCCCUUUGCAGUGACACCCUCCAAAGGAACCCUUGAUGCAGGAAGGUGGCAGAACUUAAAAAUCCAGUUUACACCCAAGGAGGAGAGGUCUUACAAGGAUGAGCUGAAGCUUAGCAUUUGUGGGAGCAGACAUCACUUAAAGCUGCAGCUCUCAGGACAAGGUCUGGAGGCACGGUUGGAGUUCAGCCCCCCAGCACUAAAGAUGGGAUGGGUGCUGGUGGACAGCGAUGGGGUGGACGCCACAGUGGCGGUGAAGAACCCAUGCAACUUCCCUGUUGAGUUUUACUCACUGGAUUUCGAUGAGCAGUACCUUGAGGAGGAGUUCCUGCGGAUGGCAGUGCGGUCUGAGUACCAAAAGAACUCUUUAAUGCCUCCUGGUGCCGUGGGUGGGGCGCUGCCAGAGGAGCUGGAGCAUUGUGAAGCACAGAAGAGGCCGAGGGCUCAACGGGCAGAGCUCAAGGCCAUGGCAGAGGCCAUGGUCACAGAUGAGGCUGAGGCUGAGGCCAUGGACAAGGCAGCACCAGCAUAUGCCAGGGCUGUCACACCCUCUCCUGAGCCCAUGGUGGAAGUGCCUGGGAAUCCUGUCUCUUGGGCCGUCAUGCGCCACCUGGGCAUCGACCCAUCUUCGGAGAGGCGUGAGCCACAGCAGGACAGAGGGACUGUUCUCAUUGUCCAUGGGCCAUCCCAGGCAGGAAAGACAGAGGUAGCGGCGGCCCUGUGUCACUAUUAUGACACUGCUCACUUGUCCAUUGACACCGUGGUGAAAGAGGCCAUGGCCAGUGACCAGAGCCAAGCAGGGCACCGUGCCUGGCAGCUUUGCACCAAGGCUGCCGUGGAGCUGAAAGGUGAAAAUGAAG